AUGGAGUUGACAGGGGACGAUCCAUUUAGUGGGAGAUUAUGGGGUUCUAAUAUUUUUCACUUUUUGGUUCUCAACAUUGUUACUACUGCUACAGUUUCACUAGGUUUUCUUCCAGUGACACCAUUGCUAGACGCCAUUAACGAUUUCUUUACCCCUAUCCAGUGUUACAAUGAAGGAGAUGUAUUAUUACUGAAUAACCAAAUCUUCACUGAAAUGGAAAGUACAAGAAUUGAUAUGCUUGCAGUGGAGGAGGUGGGCGAUUGUGAUGUUAAUGUAGGAAAUGGGGAGUGCCAGCAGGGUACUGGGCAAAAUUUGGAAGGGAAUGAAAAACUUGAAGAACCUAAGGUAGGUAUGGUGUUUAGCUCUCAAGAUGAUGUUUAUCGUUAUUAUACAAAUUAUGGUAUUCAACAAGGCUUUCGUGUAAAUAGAAGAUCAACGCGAUGUGAUGAUUAUGGGAUUUUAAGAUAUUUCACACAUGCAUGUUCUCGAGAAAAAAAGAGAAUGAGCACAUCAAAGAAUAGAUACUCGAACCUCAGUUCAGGAACUAAUUGCCAGGCUAAGAUAAGAACUAUAAUGCAAUGUGAUGGUAGUUUUAAAUUGAGCAGUGUUGUGCUUGAGCAUAACCAUCCGCUGACGCCAGGCGAGACACGGUGUUUUAAAUAUAAGAAGUUGGAUCAAGAUGCCAAAACCAGAGUACGUCAGCAGUCCCGAACAAGUGAGAUUGUUCAAACUGGGGUAUGUGAAAAGCUAAUGGUUGGGGAUAAAAGGUCUCGAGAUAACAACGGUCAGGUGAAAACAUUAAUGCUUGAGGAAGGUGAUGCUGCAGUUUUACAGAUUUUUUUUGUUAAAAUGCAAACUAGAAACUCAAAUUUCUUUUAUGUGAUGGACAUGGAUGAAGACUGUACUGUAAGAAACAUAUUCUGGGCUGAUGCAAGGAGUAGGGCAGCGUAUGAAGACUUUGGAGAUGUUGUUACACUUGACACUUCAUAUCUCAGAAAUAAAUUUGCUCUGCCUUUGGUUCCUUUUGUCGGCGUGAAUCAUCAUGGACAACCUGUUUUAUUAGGUUAUGCUUUGCUGUCAAAUGAGGAUGUCGGGACAUUCUUGUGGUUAUUUAAAUCUUGGUUGGCAUGUAUGAUGGGAAUUCCUCCAAAAGCCAUUAUCACUGAUCAAUCCCAAGCUAUACAAAAGGCUGUUCAAACUGUCUUUCCUAAUGUCCAAUAUCGAUUGUGCUUAUGGCAAGUGAUGAAAAAGACUCGAGAGAAGCUGAAAGGAUGUUCUCAGUACAAAGCUAUUAAAAUAUCUUUGCAGAAUUCUGUUUGCAAGUCUACCAGCAAAGAUGAGUUUCAAGAUGAAUGGAGAAAAGUGAUUGAGAAAUAUGGUCUUCAUGACAACGAGUGGUUAAAAGAACUGUAUGUCGAGCGGCAUCGCUGGGUUCCAAUUUAUACAAAAGAAACUUUUUGGGCAGGAAUGUCAACUGCACGACGUAGUGAGAGCAGUUGUGCACUAUUCAAUGGGCAUGUGAACUCCAAAACGACUUUGAAGCAGUUUCUAGAGCAGUAUGAUAACAUUAUAAGAAGUAAGGUCGAAAAGGAAAACCGGGCAGAUUAUGAAUCUCUGUUUUCAAGGUAUGACUGCAUAACUCAUUAUGAGAUUGAGAAACAGUUUCAAGAAGUUUACACCAAUACAAAAUUUAAAGAAUUUCAGGAAGAGAUAAUGGGAAAGCUGUAUUGUUAUACCUCUCUUGUUAAGGAGGAAGACUCCAUUUUUAUAAUUCAAGUCACCGAGCAUGUUAAAGUUGGAGACAGUGAGAAGGAUGCUAAGUUUAUUGUUAACUUCAGUGCAGUAGACUGUGAGCUGAAUUGCACAUGUCAUUUGUUCGAGUUUAGCGGGAUUAUAUGCAGGCACACACUUUCUGUCCUAACCCAAAGUAAAGUGCAACAAGUGCCAUCUAAGUAUAUUCUCUCUAGAUGGAGGAAGGACAUUAAACGGAAAUGCUCUUUUGUUAAAGCCAGUUACCAAGAUUUAGAUGUCAAUCCAAGUGUGCAGCAAUACCAUGAGAUGUGCAGGUAUUUCCAUGAAGUCGCAACGAUGUCAGCAGAUUGCAAAGACCAGAGUAUCACUGUGAUGAAUGCUUUACAUGACUUAAAAGCAAAAAUUGGUAUGCCAGUUUAGUCAAAGCAAUGUAGUUGCACCUGUUGUUUCGCCAAAUGGUGUAAAUGCCAACAACCAAAGAAGGCAAGAAAUAAGAAUCUGCCUAGCUCCAUGUAAUUAACCAAAUUUCAAGUAAAUAUUUUUUUUUUUGCUA